AAAAAGAUGUCUGUCAAGAAGGUUGGUAAUUUAGUUCAUAAACGAACUAAAAAAUUCAGAAGAUUCCACUCCGAUCGAUUCAAACGCCUCAGAACGACAUGGCGUAAGCCGAAGGGUAUAGAUAACCGUGUGAGGCGUCGUUUUAAGAGUACAGUUUUAAUGCCUAAGAUCGGUUAUGGCACCUGUAAGCGUACGAGGCAUCAGUUACCGGGCGGAGUUUACAAAGUUGUAGUCUCAACUCCAGCUGAAGUUGACGCCUUGCUGAUGCAUAAUAAGACUCACGUGGCCGAGGUGGCACAUAGCGUCUCGGCCAAGAAGAGGAGAGUGUUACUCGACAGAGCUGAUAAAUUAGGCGUCAAAGUACUCAACAAGAAAGCUAAACUCAGAUUACAAGAAAAAGAAUAAUCUCGUCAACACACUUU